AUGCCCAAUGACUACAAGUCGGGUCUGCACACUCUGAAGACGCCUCCGAAACGCAGUAUGUCUCUGCUUGAAAACUCAAUGGAAAGGCUGCCUGUGGACCCAUCAGAGUCAAAUGACACUGACAAACACAGACAAGCCCACAGACUGUAUCCAUCACUGCCAAAUAUAGACAGGUAUGAGUUUUGGUGCAGUACUGGGGAAGAACUUCACCCGUCUGUGAAGCUGGAAAACACACAGUUGCAAGGGUCCUCUCACAAAAGUGAUGUCAACAUGAAAACACAGAUUCUUAUCUUAGAAGAACAAAAGAACGAGCUUCUUUCUAUUAAUGAGAAAUGGGCAAAAGAGUACCGAACCAUGGUGCACUACUACAAAGAGAAGGUCGAGGAGUUAAAAGCAUUACAGCAGUGUGAUCGCUUUGAAGAGGAAGAAGGAAAGCACGUCACGUUAAACCGACUGAAGCUCAAGGUGAUCAAAGGAAAAGAGAGCGCACAGACGGAAGAGGGUGAUGCCAGCUCUGAGAAGCUCGAAGCACAGAAAGAAGUAAAAGAGCUGCGAGCGCAGAACAGCGCCCUGACCCGCAAAGGGCAGCAUCAACACGAGGAGAUCAGACGACUGAACAAGGCCUUAAAGGAGGCGCUUCAGUCUUCUCAGUCCCUUGGAGUGGACAAUGAAACACUAGACAUCUGGAAACAUCAAGCUGAAGUCUUUAAGGAAGACUUUCUAAAGGAGCGCAGAGACCGGGAGAAGCUUAAGGGCAAGUAUCUGGAACUGGAGAAGAAGUAUACCAAAGUUCACAACGAGCUGCAUGUCCUCAGAUCUCAGAUGACAUGGACUCGGCAACUGCACCCCGUGCUUAACUGUUCCUGUGCAAAUCAAGCCAAAUGUCCGAACUCGGAGGGCCACCAGGUUAGCCAGCGCCACGUGAAGCUGCAGAGGCGGUGCACUCUCGAUAACAAGCAGUGAAGCUCAACCAACUCCUCUGACUUUUUGGGAUAUUGUUUAGGCAGACUUUCUGGAAGUUUUUCCCGGAGUAUGAGCAGCCAGAUCAGUGUUCAUCGCCAGCAGAGUGAGGAAGUGAGCUCUGUUCCAGCUAACUCCUCUGCUGCUCCUGCUUGUAACAAGGCCACGCCAUCAGUCUGGGUCCACUGAGAGACUUAUGUGGGCCAAAGGAGGAACCUAAUACACAAAUAUAGAUGCAUACGCUUACCAAGAGGAGAAAGGCAGCGAAGGGUAAAAUGAAACUGUCGAGACAGGCUGAUUACACUUUGAGUGUGACAGGUUUUAUUGCACUGCCCAAACACUACUGACAUGCACCAUACUGAUCAAUGAUGCAACACAAAUGUGGAAAUUUCCUGUGUUUAGCACAUGUAAACACCCUGUGCCACACUACGCUGUAGAAACCUCUUAAAAAAACAGAGUCUUGCCCCAGUGAUGGGACUAAAAAGAUAAAAACUAUCACACCUCUGUAAGGAGGCAAAGAAACUCGAGCUAUGCUGUGAUUAUAAAGGCUGGUGUUUUUCUGACUCAUAUUACACUAUGUUAUGUCGGUCGUAUGCAGGCGCUUUUACAACAGCGAGAAUCAAGCCUGUAAGAGA